AAUAACACGUCGCACGUUCUCCUCCCUAAGGACGAAGUAUUUAGGAUGUCAUGUCUCUCCACUGUUUGGGGUUGAGGCCGCAUUCCAGCCUGGUCUCAAACAACGGGGCAACCCUCGAAUGGCGCCAAGCUACUUGAUGGAAACGAAAAAGGGGUGAGAUUGGAUACCACCGACACCAGGUCUAAGUCCAAACGAGCUGCUGAAGCAUGGAAAAGCGCCCUCGGCGGCUAUGGGAGGCUUUGCCUCUCGGCUGCUUGUAUUGCAUUUCCUUCUUUUCUCGUUGCUGAGUGUCUGCAUUGUUCAUUUCAUCUUCUGAUCCCGCCAGUAUCAUUAAUAUUUCAGCUCCAGCGAAAAGAGCAGUCAAUAAUGGCAGUCAUGAAGAAGACCGGACUCGCGCUGGCGCUGGCCGGCGUCGUUGCAGCGCAAUCAUCGUCUGUUGUCAAUGUCUUCUUGCCUGGCGCCGACUCACAGACGCUGUUGGGCUCGAUUAUCAAGUCGGAUUCCUCGAAGACCACGAUGGCGAUCGCAUGCCCGACGGACGCCGACUCGGUCGAUUGCGGUUUCGCAGGUCCUAUUACCGUGACCGUUGGGCCGUCUACGUUCCACGCUGAAGAAUCCUUUGAGUCGACAUCGGUGGUGUUGGACUGCAAGAUGACAGGAACCACGGCGGCCAUGUGUGCAGAAACAUUUGUUGGACCGGCCGGGCUGCUCGCGACAGAUAUUUCAUCCUUGACAGCCUCGGAUGCGUCAUUCGACACCGCCAUCACCACGACUGCGACCACGACCGCGCUAGCAUCGUCGGAUAUGGCUUACAUUCCCGUCACACUGACCGAUUCGCUUGGAGAUGACACCACUUUGUUGACCACUGCUGCAUCAGGAGCUAGCGGAAGUGCAUCCACUGCUUCGGCGACGGGAUCGAGUGCCACACAAACUGCAGAUUCGUCGUCUGCGACUAGCGGCUCAAGUGGUACCAGCAGCACCGGAAGUGCAACGCCCUCGAGCGACAGCAACAACGGUGCCAACAGAGGGGAUUCCCGUCUGCUGGCAUGUGCCGCUGUGGGUGCCGGUCUGGUGGGCUUGACGAUCAUGCUACUCUAGAGCGGAUCUCUUGUUCCUGGUGGUGGGCAAGACAAGAACCGUGGAUCGUAGUUAUACUGGCAAAAUCGGUGGUACGAGUAGCAUCCAGGAGAUUAGUUACGCGUGUGCCCAGUGGAGUUGUUUGCGUUCGGAUAUCAGGUCCGCAGGGGAAGUGGCACACCAGUUGUGGCAGACGGACCGUUGAGGGUUGGCGGAGAUGGGAACCUGGUGGAACUCGAUGCACAAUGACAUAGGCAUGACAUAGCAUGGAGGUCAGCCAUCUAAGUAGAUUUGUUUAUUGUCAGCCAGAGGGCUUCUCUACAUGUGAAGUGUGAAUAGUUCCGGACUGACUCAGCCUGGGCAAUCAAAUAUCUCGAGGGCUCACAGUGCUAUAGAGAAAAAGUUCUAUACAAUGUAAUUGACUUUGUUUGCGAUCACCGC